CAUAGCCACGUAAUCACUCUAUUUAAUAAUUGUUUUAAUCUAAAAAUGUUUAUUUUUAACAAUGCUUGUCAUACAAAUUGUGGAAAUUCCCACCUUUUUUUAGAAUUCCACGUAAUCAUGACGCUAGGCAUACAAUAGACUAAAAGUUGGAAUCGGACCUUUUCGAUUUGCUGCUACUUUCGGACAGCCCACAAAGCCAAACAGACGAUAUCAGACUAAGUGCUACGCAGCGACGGCGGACAUCUCAUCAGGGAUUUUCAUUCUGAAGUUUAAAAGCAAUCACCAUGCCUUAUCACUACGGGAAGACAGAACUCACGUUACUAGUACAACUGGGUCCAUAUAUUUCCUUCGUAAUCGAAACCACUCAGAACGAGAGCGUGGACAGUGUUAUGCAGACAAUCUACACUAGAACAAACAUACCACCACAAUAUCAACGCGUUAAUCAUAAGGGAACAGAGCUUCAGCCAGGGCAAGGAAUGUGUCUUUUCCAUUACAACUUUGAAGAAUACUCAACACUGCUGCUAUCUGAUGCCCGCGUUAAAACAACUGACGCUGGGACAGAGGACGAACGUUCCGAUUCUGAAUGGCGCUCAGUAAUUCUGAAGGAAUGUCCCAAAAAUACGAUUGGUUAUAUUUCCAACUGUCCCACGAUUCGCGCAUGCCCGGCAUGUAAAAUGGUCAUUGAACACAAUGGAGGAUGCAAUGAGAUGGUGUGUCGCUGUGGACAUAAAUUUUGUUUUAUAUGUUUGCAGCCAGCGUUAAAUAAUAGAUUGAACUGCGGUGCGCAUGAUUCUACAAGCAUCGCGGCAAUACAAUGUUGAAUACAUCGAUGUUCUAUGCACCAUUGGGAUUAUAAGCAGAGUUCCACCGUGACUAAUCAGCACAGUUGUUGUCACAUUUAUUUCGCGAUCUAACAUAAGUAGAAAACAUUCAAUGUGAUUGGAGCAGGAUGUAUAUUGCAUCUAUGUUAUGUAUGUUUUCAAACAUACGUUACUAUUAAAGUUUCUUAAGAAAAA